UCUGCCAUUUGGAGGUAAGGCCAAGAAAGGCAGGCACCCACCCACUGGCCACACUCUCAGCCGCCCACAGGCAUCUGUGUUUGCUGGUCAGGCGGGGACAGGGAGCUACCUGAACCUCUCCACACCGCUCACCAGGUGGGCAAUGGAAAUGGGCAAUGACCAGAACCAGACAUUCGGUCACUCACAGGCUCACCUUGACAGCACCUCAAACCAUGCAAGUUUGUGGAGCCCACUUCCGUCUGUACUUGAGACAGUGUAGUUACCAUUUCAUCUGAUGUUAGGAGCAUUCUGGUGAGAUCACAUUUCUAAAUGUACUUUUAAUACCUACACACAGACUACGUGAUUCAAGGGCAGCCCAGUCGAGGAGCGUUUCCUGAGUGUUACAAUUACACGUUCCCUGUUCUAAGUGAACACACACGCACAGGGUCAGGCAUCCGGCAUCACAUUCAGCGCAGUAAGACCACGCUGUGAUAGGACUUAGGGCCAGAAACUCUGUGGUCGUGGAUAGGGCAGGAUCCCAACGGUCACUCAGCCACUCAGUCCACAACCUUCCUGGCAUCUGAGGCCUAAGGUCACAGGAAAAGGGUUCCCAAAACUCAAAGAAUGACAGGUAUUUUCAGAAUUGACACCAAACACUUCACACACCACACUCUUGGCCCCAAGGAAAUUCAGGUCAGACUUGAGAAGACAGAAAAUGUGGUUCCAAGUAGGGGCUGCUCACCCUGACCCACACCCACAGGGGGCUGGUUACAUCUCGUGUCUCCAGGUGCCUUUGCUUCAAACCCCCACUGAUCAAUGUGAGAACAGGUCUUCUCUGUUGGCCCAUAAGUCAGUGUCCUGUCACUAAGGCUCUGCUCCUCCUUUGCAGCUCCCAGUCCCCAAAGGAGCGAGACUUUCUCCUUGGCAGACCUGCACACGUGGAGCUAGCUUCAAAUACAAGCAGUGGAAAGGAAAACGAGCAGCGGUGACACUUCUGUAAAACCACCACGUGUGAACUAAAUAGGAUCCAGCUGGAGCGGAUCACGGGGGGACCAGAGCCUGAGCUGUGAAGAGGAAGAUGAGUCUUCUCAAAGAACGGAAACCAAAAAAGCCGCAUUAUAUUCCCAGGCCCCCAGGAAAACCCUUCAAGUACAAGUGUUUCCAAUGUCCCUUUACCUGCAAUGAAAAGUCACAUCUUUUUAACCAUAUGAAGUAUGGUCUCUGUAAAAACUCCAUCACUUUAGUAUCAGAGCAAGAUCGCAUCCCCAAGUGCCCCAAAUCUAACUCUCUAGACCCUAAGCAAACUCAUCAGCUGGACCCCACAGCCAAGCCCACCUCCUCCAAAUCUGUCACAAACAGGCUCCCCCACUUGGAUGCCAAGCUCCCACUUGGCCUUGCCAAAGAUGAUGCCAAGGAGAAUCUGGAACUACAGAUGCGUGGACCCCACAAGGGCCCCGGACAGAAGCCUGCUCUCCUCAAAGAAGCAGAGCACCAGGGUCCAGCCCAAGAGGCCACCACAGGCACCCCACCUACUCUGGAAGGCAUCGUGAGGCCCUCUGCCUUCGUUCCCAUUGGAGAGCACAGACUCAAAGGGCCAGAACACGCGGAGGCUCCCGAGGCACUGGUACUGCCAAGCCCCACUGCUAAGGCCACCACUUUCCACACCAAGUCUGCAUUCCAUGCCCCAGCCUACCCGUGGAAAGCUGGCUCACCUUUCCUCCCACCCGAGUUUCCACAUAAAAUCCCAUCCACAAAGGGGUUUGGUGCCCUUUCCCCUUACAUGCACCCCACAAUUCCAGAGUACUCACCCCACUUUUACACGGAGCACGGACUGGCCACCAUCUACUCACCCUACCGACUGGCUGGGAACUCGCCCGAGUGUGACACCCCUCUGCUGUCAGUCUACGGAACCCAAGACCAAAGACAUUUCCUGUCUCACCCAGGGCCGAUGCCCAAGCACUUGCACCCAUCCCCCUCGACAUAUGACCAUUACAGGCUUUUCCAGCAGUACCACUCCAACCUGCCCAUUCCUUACGGAUUUUACAGACCAGAGUCUGCGUUUUCCUCCUAUGGUCUCAGACUCCCACCGGUUGCCAGUAUUUCACAAGAUCAAAGCUCUCACCUACUAGAAGAAGCUGCCCUGGUCUACCCAGCCUCAAGUCCAUCCAAGUUAAACCCUUCCAACUCCCACAAAAAACACACACAAUUUGAGAAAGAGAGUCUGACUCCCGAGGCUGAAGACACUUCCAAAGACAGGCAGAGGGACACGGAAGGGACCAAGAUGAGCCCACGUGCAGGCAGCGCAGCCACUGGCUCCCCGGGAAGGCCGAGUCCCACCAACUUCACACAGACAAGCCAGCCAUGUGCUGGGCUAGGCGACCUCUCAGAUAAGCCCAACACGAAUGCCCUGGGAAGGCUCCAGCAACCAGAACGGAGCCUCACAGCCUUCAAGCCCGUCAAGAAAAGCACCGAGCACCCACAUUCCCAGGCUCCGGAAAACAGAGAUGACUCUCCAAAAAGCCUCGAUGCCAUGGAUGUCGACGCUCCGCCACAGACAGGAAGCACCUCUCGCAGCAUGGAGGCCAUGCCGCCCAGCCCAGAUGAUGGCUCCAGGAUAGCCCCACUGAACCUCUCCAAGAAACCGGAGACCAAACCAGCAGCCACUCAUGACCUCAUGUACAGAGACUUCACAGAGCUGCAGGACGUGCCUCUGAAUCUCUCGGUGAAGGACCCCUGCAAUGCCCGGACCCCAAGGCCCUCCCUCCACAGCCCACUACCAGAGGCAGAACCCGCCGCUGCUGCUCAGAAGGCCGAGCUAGAAAGUUCUGGGAAUGGGCCAGGACCUACCGAGAUGAACCAAAAUGGCCUUGGCUCUGAUGCGGUUCCAGUGACCUCCCCUACUGGGAAGGCCCAGGAUGCACGGGCAAUGGACAGCAGUGACGAGCAGAAGCAGACGGCAGCUGUGGCCCUCUGCCAACUGGCGGCCUACAGCCCAGGCACCGUCCGGGUGGGCGACGGGGAGCCGGCAGCCCAGGAGUCCACUUGCCAACAAGACAGGCCUGCUGUCAGCACCACGGCGAGCCAGGAGUCUCAGAGUGACCUCAGACCCAAAGGGCAGAAGAGGACAAGCCCACGGGAUGCGGGGAAGUCCCAGCAGGGAGCUAAGAAGACAAAGCUGAGCGAAACAGCCAGAGUGUUCACUCUCCGGAAAAGAACUCGUGUGUCUUAGUGCUGGCUCGAGCGGUUAUGAAGGGCUAGGGCCACACCACCUUUGAAGGCAGGUCACCGAACAGCAAAUCUGCAACGGUGCCUUCAUUUUUUUAUCUGGUCGAUUUUUACAAAGCAGUUUUUCCUUCUCAAAAAAAAUAAUAAAAGCUGCAAUUUGGUUCACUUUUUGUAAAUAUUAAGCAUGAAUGUUACAAGGUGCUUCCACUUGGGAUUGUAAAAAUAUUUGAAUGACUCAUACUCUAAGACUGAUGAGUGAGACCCAGGCUUUUGUUUUUGUAAAAUGUCAAAUGAAAUAGGUAGGACUAAAAGGUAACUUUUAGGUAUAAGCCAUGUCAUAGAAAGUCAUUUAGAAAUACUUUUCUUAUAAGUAUCUUAGCACUAGAACAAAUUGUCUUAAUUGCAUUAUUAAACCUGUGUGUUUUGAAGUAAAAAACAAUUUCUGGAAAUGCCAGAAAAGCAUUCUCAGUACUAACAUUAAAAACAUUGUGAUUUGUUAUGACUAAAUAAUACACAAACAUCAGGAGGCUAUUUAUACAAAUAAUUUAUUU